UGAAGAGUUGAGGCUACUAAUGGUUCUCGAACAUGGAAUACCAGUUCCUGUUGGCUCAGAAGAAGAUCUCAAACACAUAUGUUUAGGCCACAAACGCAGUGGAGGAGGUGAAGGAUUGGGAAGAAGACGAAUACCGAUCACCUCGGAUAUCGUCUCGUCGGCGCCUCUAGCUUUCAUCUACCACAAUUUUUUGUCCAAGAAAGAGUGUGAGUAUUUGAUAAAACUUGCCACACCUCACAUGGCGAAAUCACUGGUCAGCGAUAAUGAAACUGGGAAGGGUAUAGAGAGCAAGGCUCGUACGAGCUACGGAAUGUUCUUGAAAAGAGGACAAGACAAAGUUAUCAGAGGUAUUGAAAAAAGAAUAGCAGACUACACAUUGAUACCUGUAGAGAAUGGAGAAAGCCUAUAUGUUCUGCACUAUGAAAAGGGUCAAAAAUACGAUCCGCAUUACGACUACUCUGAUGGCGGAUCCACCACACGAAACGGGGGUCCGAGAAUGGCAACCUUUUUAAUGUACUUGUCGGAUGUUGAAGAAGGCGGUGAGACGGUCUUUCCAUCAGCCAAGGGGAAUAUCGAAAAGAAGGGGAUUUCUAUAAAACCGAAAAUGGGCGAUGCACUGCUUUUCUGGAGCAUGAACCAUGAUGGCACUCUCGACCCUUUAAGCUUGCACGGAUCUAGCCCAGUUAUAAAAGGGGACAAGUGGUCAUGUACGAAGUGGAUGCAUGUUGAUGAACACAAAAUUGGGAAAACAAAAGGAGUAUAAAUCAUAGUAGCAUUUUUAUUAUUCACAAUUUUUAUGUUUUUUCCUUCACAAAGUAACGGAUCCUUCUUAAA